CCACAACAAACCAAAAAAUUUUGGGAUGAGGGUCAGGGAAUAAUUUGGACUAUUUUUGUUAUAAAAUUGAAAGGAGGUUUAAGGAAUUGCUAUCACAAAGUAGUUCAAUUAAUAUAUUCCAUAAAUAUAUAUAUUUUUUUAUUAUCUAAAUUAACAAUAAGCAAAAAGAAUUUACUCCCCACAUAACAUGUUGUACCAGUUGCAUAAAAUAUUCCUCGGCGGUGGUUUGUUUGGUUGAAUUGCACAGAGAGAGAGAGAGAGAGAGAGAGAGAGAGAGAGAGAGAGAUGCAUUCAAUGUGGUUAUCAUUGAAGGAGAAUGUGAAAUGUGGGAAUAAGGUAGGGGACGUGAUUAGUCGGCCAGAAAGAUGGAGAAACAAAAGGAGCUUCAUCUGGGAAAAGGAGAAUUUGGAAACACAGCUUGUUCAUCACACAGCCACUUCAGUUAGAGAACUGAUUUACAGGGACAAGUACAUUCAAACUUGGCUUUCUGAGGUGGAGAUUGGAGACCCAUCAAGGAAAGUCAUUGAGAUGAUCUUCCAAAGAGCAUCAAUGAACCCCUCAAAGCCGUCAAGCAGGAUCAAAACCAUCUUAAGGGUGCAUAACUCCAUACAAAUGGUCGAAAGGUUCGAGAAAUACAGAGAGAAGGUGAAGGAGAUGGCCCAUGAGAGAAACAUAAGGUAUCCAAGAAGCAAAGUGGAUGGAAACGAGCUGUUAAGAUUCUAUGGAACAACCAUAGUCUGUUGCGGUGGAAAUUCAUCAUCAUCAAAGCGAGUUUCUGAUAUUAGUCUCUGCAAAGAUCCCUUAUGUAGAGUCUGUAGAAUACUUCAAUCUAACUUCGAAACAGAAUACACAUUGAAGAAUGGAAUCCAAUUGAGCACAAACAGUGAGGUUUUCAGUGAAAAUAAUACUAUCGCCAUUACAAGGAUGAGGAAGAUAAGAAGGGCAGUGAUUGUUUGCAGGACUAUUGCAGGGUCUAUGAUGAAUAUGAACAGCGAGGAACAUAAUCAUAGAUCUUGUUCAGUUGAUUGUAAUUCAGAAUGUUUGACAGUACCAAAUCCUAACGCUGUACUUCCUUGUUUUGUUAUAGUUUUCACAUGACCACUUGUAAUAUCAUUGAAGCAGAGAUAUUUAUAUAUACGUUGUGCUUAUUGCUUGCUACAAGAUAGUCCAUUAAUUUAGUACAGAAACUGUAAUCUGUUACAGUGGUCGUAGCUAGUGUUAGAACAA